AUGCGACUGAGUGAGUGCCCGGCAGAGCUGGGGAGAGGACGGAACCUGGCAGGUAUCUUCAUUCUGGACGAGGGUGCAGAGGGCUCCCCAAGACUAGCCCCGCAGCUCACACCCUCCUCCAUUCAGCGGACCCUCCAGACCCAGGUUCAAACCCCCAAGGUUCUGGGCCACCACGCGGGAGGGGCCGAGGCGCAGGCCAUCACCAGGAGGCCUCGGCCCAUCAGCAUAGGGGCAGCUGUCACCUCCGGGCUGCCACCCGUGGUGGCAGGUCACCGAGCGCCAGAGACACCCCCAGCGGUCACGCUGCCCGCGGACUCCAGUUCCUAUCCUUCCCAGCUGUGGGCGUGGAACCUGUUUAAUCUCCUGGGAGCUGAGACCCUGCGCCGCUGCCUCCGGAGCCUGGGGCGGGACUCGGGGCGGGGGAGCACCAGAGACGUGUCCUGCCUGCCACCCGUCACCAAGCUGCUGGGAUUCCCCGCAAGUGAGGCCACCCCCAUGCCCGGAGGCUCCAGCCAGGGGCUCCUGGAUGAAAGCGCUGGGUGGCACCCGCGUCCUGACGAUGUGCCCGGGGGCGUGGGCGAGGCGGCCCUGGCCCGCCUAGCACUCACAAGGUACUACCGCCCCCCUCACCUGGCAGGUCGCCCCAAGGGCCAUGAGCUCGCGGCGAUGGCCAGCCCUGGCCCCGACGAGGCCACAACGACGCCGAUGGGCAACAGCGCCGAGGGACAAAGAGGCGCCACUCCGACAGGUCCUUGUCCCCAGGUCACUGGCCCCAGUUUCCCGGCUGCCCCUGGCUCCCCAGAGCACUCUUCUCCCGGCAAGAAGACGAAGAACUCCCUCUCAACACAGCUGACUUGCCUGGAGGCCCGGGAGGACAAGGUCCCCUCAAAGGUCACCCUCUCUGAGCUCAAGUCCUGCCUGCAGCGGGCACAGGAGCUGGGGGCGCGGGUGCAGGAGCUGAGGGCAAGUGCCCAGAGGAAGGAUGCUGGGGAACCCGGUGCACUGGAAGACAAGGGGUACCUGGCAGGGCCAUGUGGAGAGAAGGUGCCUGCCUACCAGCGCUUCCACGCCCUGGCCCAGCCGGGGCCCCCGGGCCUCGUGCUGCCCUACAAGUACCAGGUGCUGGCCGAGAUGUUCCGCAGCAUGGACACCAUCGUGGGCAUGCUCCACAACCGCUCCGAGACCGUGACCUUCGCCAAAGUCAAGCGGGGCGUCCAGGACAUGAUGCGCAAGCGCUUUGAGGAGCACAACGUGGGCCAAAUCAAAACCGUGUAUCCCGGGUCCUACCGCUUCCGCCAGGAACGCCGCCUCCCCACCUUCAAGGAUGGCGUCAGGAGGUCUGAUUACCAGCUUACCAUCGAGCCACUACUGGACCCACAGUCUGGCAGCCCAGCCCCCCAGCUCACGGCAUCAUGCCUGCUGCAGCGGCGCCAGGUCUUCAGCCAGAAUCUGGUGGCGCGUGUCCGGGAGCAUCACAGGGCCUUCCUGGCCUCCCUGAAUCCCCCCAUGGAAGUGCCUGAGGACCAGCUGACACGCUGGCACCCCCGCUUCAACGUGGACGAAGUGCCUGACAUCGAGCCAGCUGAGCUGCCCCAGCCGCCCACCGUGGAGAAGGUAGCCACUGCCCAGGAGGUGCUGGCCCGUGCCCGCAGCCUGAUGUCACCCAAGAUGGAGAAGGCCCUGAGUGACCUGGCCCUGCGCACGGCCCAGCCUAGCAGCCCUGGGUCCCCCAGCCUGGCGCUGCCGGCCACCCCACCGACCACUGCGCCUGCAGCCCUGAAGGGGGUGUCCCAGGCCCUGCUGGAGCGGAUCCGGGCCAAGGAGGCACAGAAGCAGCUGGCACAGAUGACAAGGUGCCCGGAGCAGGAGCAGCGGCUGCAGCAGCUGGAGCGUCUGCCCAUGCUGGCCCGCGUGCUGCGCAACGUCUUCGUGUCAGAGCGCAAGCCGGCACUCACCAUGGAGGUGGCCUGUGCCAGGAUGGUGGGCAGCUACAGCAUGGCCAUGAGCCACGGGGAGAUGGAGAAACAUGUGCAGCUCCUCUCCGAGCUGCUGCCCGACUGGCUCAGCCUCCACCGCAUCCGCACUGACACCUACGUCAAGCUGGACAAGACCGCUGACCUGGCGGGCGUUACGGCGCGGCUGGCCCGCCUUGCCCGUGCAGAGGCAGACCUGUGAGCCUGCUGGGCGUGCCGACACAGCCUGGCCUCUGUGCCUGGGCCUUACUCCCUUCAGAAGACGACGCACUUUGCUCUCCCUGUCCAGAGUCCCCAGGAGGGUCGCCUGGGUGCUGGCUGCUGGGCUUGAGGGUCUCCAGCCAGUGCUGUUGGCCCCCCUGUAUACAGGGUGCGAGGAAGUGGGGUCAGGGAGGGGGUCCCGUUGGUGGAAUAACCCUCCCAGUUGUCCACAUGCGCUCUCCAGGUGGUCCUGGCAUCUCCAGGUGGAUGCAGGGUCCUCUUGAGAGGAAGACAUGCAGAAUCUGAGAUUGGAAAAUGAAGGCAGGGGCCACGAGCCUGGGGAACACAGGUGCCUUUAGGAGCUGGGAGAGCCCAGAACUGGCCCUCCCAGGUCCUCCUUGGAGCCUCCAGAAAUCAGCCCUGCGACUCAUGCCUUGGUUUUUGUACUUGGUCUCUAGAGCUGUAAGAUAAAGUUGUAAGUCUGCA